UCCUGCCGCGCCGCGCUCGGUUGCUUCCUUGCUGGCAGCCCACAGAAAGGCAGGGAAAGAAGGUAAACGACAAAAAUAACGAGAGAGAAAGAGGGAGGGAGCGAGAUCUACUAAGUGGGGAGAGGAAAAACAAGAGACAUCAACAUCUAUCCUACUCAUGUUGGAUAUUAUUUGACGAAGCAGCCUUUUUUCGCCCUCCCCCCCCCCACACUUAUUUUCAACUUUCUCUAUUAUUGUUUUUCUAGGCAUUUCUCCAUAAUCCAUUUUACUCCAUAGACAACCUUCAGUUUCGUUUGUUUUAAUUUUUCGGGAAAUAUUUUUGUCCAGGUCAAGAAGAAAAUCAACUCGGUUUGAUGCCUAUUAUCCUCAGUUAAACGGACAUCAUCAAGCAAGGUCCAACUUUGUUUAUCUCAUAGAUAGAGGCUGUGAUAAGUGAUUUACUCUUAAAAGGCACAUUGCAUCUGGCAAGAUUAUUGAAUAGAACACUUUUAUUUUACCAUGGACAUAUUUUUGAGGACAUAAUUUUAACUUUUGAUUUCUUAAUGGCAAGUUGGAAGAGCAAUAGCAAUAAUUUAUUGUUGAUGUCAAAUUAUAUUUGUCAUGUCGAAUUUUACUAUCAUUCUCUAGUACAUUCUUAAUUCAUAUUUAUAUAGGCUACCAUUCGGCGUUCAAAUGAGGUAAAUAACAGUCGGUCUAGCAGUGUGUAUUCAGCUGCCCACCUGUCCACCUUUUGAAUCGUUACGUCACUGUGUUGUGAACCCGUUGACAGCCAGUCAAUCGUUUGUGGAUUAAUCGAUAAAUUCCGCGCUCAUUCCACGGUGGGAAUCAACGGCCAUCCCAAUCAUGUCUAGGCCGCUCACACAGCUCCUACCGCCUGACCUCCCGGCAGGAGCGAGCCCACAGUUCGGUACGGGUAACCUUGCGGGCAGUGUCCCGACCGGCGGACACUUGAACUCCAUGGCCAGCCUCAAGACUCUCCUACAGCUGCCCAUCAAGGUUGACCAGCGAGCAAAAGACUGCUGUGCAAUGAAAGAUAAAGACAAGCCCCAGGACUCAGACGAGGACUCCAUGGGUGGGGGUCCAGGUGGUCGGCCUUCCCAGUCGGCCUUCCUGGGGCCCCAUCUGUGGGAGCGCACGCUGCCCUGCAGCGACGGGGGCCUCUUCCAGCUGCAGUACAUGGACCUGGAGGAGUUCCUGACUGAGAACGGCAUGGCCAUGCACAGCAAAGGUGGCAAUGGCUCCAGCGCCAGUGCCCAGGUGCCCUCACAGAGCUCCCUGCAGUCGGCCGUGCCCAACCAGAGCUCCCAGUGCCCGCCGUCCUCCCCUCCGCCAUGUUCUUCUUCAUCGUCCUCCAUGUCCUCCUCAUCUUCCUCCUCCUCGCUGCUGGGCCUGGACAACGUGCCGCCGCCACCAAACGGACUGCCAGGCAUGAUGGGAGGGCCUGAGAGCCUACAUGGUGGCCAAGUCGUGCCUCCUGACCUCUCACCCUCCUCCACCACCUCCUCUUCCUGCCCACCCGGGCUGCCAGGGGGCCCACCGGUCACCAAUGGCACUGCUGACAUCAUGGUGAACUUUGACCCGGACCCGGCGGAUGUGGCACUGUCCAGCGUGCCGGGCCAGGAGGCCUUCGACCCCCGAAGGCACCGCUUCUCGGAGGAAGAGCUCAAGCCACAGCCCAUGAUCAAAAAGGCUCGCAAGAUGCUGGUGCCAGACGAGCAGAAGGACGACAAGUACUGGAGCCGGCGCUACAAGAACAACGAGGCUGCCAAGCGCUCACGUGAUGCCCGGCGCCUCAAGGAGAACCAGAUCACGGUGCGUGCCGCCUUCCUGGAGCGAGAGAACGCUGCUCUCAGACAGGAAGUGGCCGACAUGCGCAAGGAGCUGGGCCGCUGCCGCAACAUCCUCAACAAGUUUGAGAGCCGACACGGAGACUUGUGAGGAAGAAGAAGAAGAGGAGGGAGGGGGUGGAGGAGAGGGGGGUAGAAGGCAACAUUGGCAGCACUUUAGUUGAGGGGGUGCGCGUACGGCCUACGUAUACGUGAAGUAAACAUCGUAUGACACCUGUAGUAAGCAUCCAUGUUGCGAGGAGCCUACAGUGUUGUAGUGAGUGCAGCCUCCAUUUUAUGUAUCUGUGCUGUUUCACUUCCCGUGUCUCUUUGACUGGUAGUGUCACCUGGGCGUCGAGACGUCGUUCAGUGUUUAUAUCAGGUGCAUUGCAGUGUUUUUGCGGGUAAUGCGCAGGCCAUACGUGCACCCAUUCAAAUGAGGUGUUCAGAUCAUAGACAACUAAUGUUUUUAAGCUAAAGACAAGGAGACAAGCCAGGGGAGGACAGGUGUGUAAUUUUUUUCUAUGACAAAACAUGUAUAUUUUUUGACUGUACUGGGCAGGGAGGGAGGCAUGGGCAAACUAGAAAACAGAGGAUGAGCUAUAACUAGAAGAGGAGCAGUAGGAGAGGUGGGCAGGAGAGAAGAAAGCAAAGAGAUUUCAACAUAGGAAAACUGUAUAUUUUUAUAUUUGCAAACACAGAGAGUUCAGAGGAGAUUUUGGAAAUAAUAUUUUGUAUAUUUUAUAUAUGGGUGAGUUUAGUAUAGAGAUAGGGGCUAUAUGAAGAUGUUUUAACAACAGGGUGGAUUGAUAAAUGAUAUAUUUUGAACUUAUUAAGAUAGAGGGUUAGAGGUCAGAGGUCGUAAUCGAGAAUGUAUAAUGGUUGUAUCCAGGGAUAACAUGACGACAAGAGAGGAGAAGUAUCUUAGUAAAUGAUUGUA